UAGAAAGAGGAUCAAUUAUUUCAUUGUUUAAUGGUUAGAUGUUUCACCUGUUACAUUUGAUAUUUUAACUAAAACCUCAUUUUUAUUUUUGAUUUUGCUUGAUUUAAUCCUAUUUAUAAACUAUUUAGUUGAAAUGUUCAAAGGAUUAGAAAAUUCAACUGAAAGUUCUGUCUUGUCACCAUGUGAAAAUUCAUCAUCAUCAUCAUCAUCACCACCAUCAUCAUCAUUAUCAUCACCAUCAUUAUCAUCAUCAUCAUCAUGUGAAAGCCAAAGUGUUUAUACAAGCCUUUUAAGAUCAUCUGGAGAACCGAGUAGUAGGUCAAAUAAUCGAAAACAAAUUCUCAUCCUUAUCAUCUUGGGCUCCGGCAGCUUCUUUAUUGCUGCCAGUGAUGCACUUCAAGCACCAUUUUUUCCCGGUGAAUGCUACACCAAAGGAGUAUCUUUCCUAACUUGUGGAUUAAUUUUUGGUGCCUUUGCAAUAACAGGAGAGUGUAGGAAGCUACUCCAUCACAGAAUGUUUGCCUACGUUACACCCCAUACAACACUAAGAUUUGGAUUAUUUCUUACCGGAACAACAACUGUGCUUUUCGGAGUUUUGGAUAAGGUUACUUCAGCUCAUGAAUUUGCAAUAAUUGCUUUAUUUCUGAGGAUUGGUCAAGCAGUCGGAGUUGCUUUCUCUAAUUUAUCAAUUGAAACACUAAAUUCAAACGAAUUUGACAUGCGUUGGAAUUUAGUGGAACCAUCCCUGGUAACGGAUGUCGCUUAUCAUAAAGGGUUCAUAUUUGGUUCCCUCAUCGGAGGUGUCUUGUACAUGUGUGGAGGUUAUCUCAUGCCCUUUGUAAUUUUUGGAAGUUUAAUUUUACUUGCUGGCCUGCUCAGUAUCGCUGUUCUGCCUGCUCCAGAUAAUUACACGUUAAUGGGCCAUGCAUAUGAAAUUCAUGAUGGUGAUGCCGUUGAGUGGACAGAUUCUUUUGUCAUUGCUAGUUUUAAUGCUCUUACCGGAUUCAAUGACGUUACUUUGGCUCAACACUUAAGUCAAUUCAAUCUUUCACCCAUUGGAAUUGGAUCAAUAUUCAUGACAUUUAGGCUACUUCGAUUUGCAUUCCACUGUUUCUGGAUUAGGUUAAAGGAUAUUGGGCUUGAUGUAUCAUGGGUUUCAAUUCUAGGAAUAACCUUUAAUAUUAUCGGCUUAUUAUUAAUAGGACCAGUUAGUUUCAUUCAUAUUGGACCUUCCCUGUGGUUAAUAAUUCUAUCUUUAAUUAUUCUUGCAAUUGGAAUAAGUAGUGAUGAUUACUAUCGAGAGACUGAUCCAUACUACAAAUGGUUUAAUACUUUACCUACAAUUGCUGCCUUUAUCGGGCCUGUCGCUGGAGGUUAUCUCAUUGGCACUAUUGGCUAUAGAUCUGCCACUGAAUGCGUUCUUGCACUAGAGAUAUUCACGCUUUUACUUUUAAUUGUUCACAAAAUUUGCAACCGUCGAACCGAGGUCGAGCCUCGGUCGUACCUUUAUGACCUUAUUGACCAUUUUGCAAAUACUUAAGUCAGCUUUUAAUCGUUCAUAAAAUUUUCGCAUCUUAAUUUUUGGUCAAGCCAUUUUUAUUUUUUUAAACUGUUUUAAUAAAAUAUCAGUUUUAAUGAUA